GACAUCUAUAAACGAGACAGUAAGGUUCUGUUUGUUUAUAUUGUGCAAUUCAAGAAGUAUACUUUCGAAGUCCAUCGGAAAACGUUAAUCCAACGUCAGAAGUAUCCCGCCGCCAAGAUGUCUGCUCAAUACGAUGUUCCGACGUAUCUGCUAGACAAGGAAAACAUCCGCGACACUGUUAUUCGUAUGAUGUUCGCCUUCGACCAAGGUGCUACGUUGGUCUUGGUGAACAGAGUUUAUACCCCGGAGAUCAUUCUAGACUACGACACGCUACUCAUUGGCAAGGGAAUCGAGAACAUCGCAAGUUCCGAAUGGGCCAAGAGGCUCGAAACUAUGCAUGAUCAUUUUGAUACGACGCAACACAUUGUGCAGAACCUUCUAGUUGAGUUGCCGCAACCAGGAUCAGCGCCGAGGCCUGCCCGCUGCACCGUCUUCGCCUACGCCCAUGGGUGGUUCUAUAAGCGUGAUGGGGAAGGAUGGCCUCGUACGCUUGGUAAACGCAAUGGAGCCAACUACGAGUUAGAGCUUGUAAGAAGUGAUGAUGAAAAGGCUAAAGGAGGAAAUCCUUGGAGAAUUACCAGACAGAAGGUUCGUUUAGAUUUUCAAGAUUUGGGUGCAUAAAGCUUGCUGAACAUAAAUAUUCACGAUUGGUAAUGGUCAAGAAAAUCUAAUGUUCCUCAAAUAUCCUAUUGUAUUUUGACCAAAUCCAUGUACUCCAGCUAGAUGGUUUGAACUCUAAUGCUUUAUGAACUUAGGAUGCGAAAUGACCAGUGGCUAAAAGAAAUAGUAAAAACUGCCUGAGUUAAUCCGAAUUACUACGAUUUAGAUGAUGCGACAUUAAACUGGAAGCCAAGCAUUCUUUCAUUGGAGAUAGAACUGGUUUUUAAGACUGAAGUUAGACUUUUAUUCAAUGUGUGUAAUGUGUUCAUGA